CCCAACUUCAUCAGCAAGGAGAAACGUGAACGUAAGAAGAAGGAAAAGAAGACGCUCAAGGCGAUCGACGAGUUUAUCAAGCACAGCGCCGCCCAGCGGCAGACGCUGGCGGAGACAAGCGAUUGGCUGAACGCGUCGGAGGGACUAUUAGAUGAAUUCAACGAUGAGGAAAGUCCUGAGCAGAAGGAGCGAAUGAUGAACCAAGUGCACCGGCGCAUCGUCAUGGCCGUUCUGACGGCACAGAACUGCGCACAGAAACUCCAGCGGCUGGGCGAGAGCAUCUUCUCUGACACCGGGAUGCCCGCGGGAGACGCACGCCAGUCACCAGCUCCCGGCGCGAGGCGCCCCCCACCGGGCCAGCCGCGGGUACUGCAGGAGGGAGAAGUUCUGGACGAGGAAACGAUCUUGGCAGACCCAGAGAACUGGAGGGCAGCGGCCAAUCAGGUGCGGAAAAUACUCCAAGACGCCACCAAAAUGGCGAGGACCAACAAGGCGCGGAACGAAGUGCGAGAUGCCAUCAAGCAGUUUGACUUCAUCUCUGCAGCAGUUGACCGCAGGGCGGAUGAGCUGAGGGACAGAGACUCCCAGAUUAUCGACCUGAAGGCAGACAUCGACAGGCUGAGCAACACCAAGGACCGCAUGACGGAGGACUACAGCAGUCUCAAGAAAAGAUGCACACAGUUUAAAGUGCAAAGCGAAAAACUUAGUUCGAAGGUAAAAGAGACCGAAGGCCGGGCGAAGCAGGCAGAGGCGAAGGCGGAGGAAGUGGCGCAAAGUCUGGCGGCAGCGCAGGCGGAGAACACUAGGCUCACCGCGGAACUCGAAAGCCAACAACAGGCGGGGGCCAUGCUUGAGAACAAACGGGCCGAAGAAUCCAAGAAGUCGUCUGGUCCGACCUCCUCCACCCUGCUCCUCAUGGACCGGCAGGCCCAGCAGGCCGGGCAGCUGAGGAAGACCGUGGACCAGCUCAGGGCGGCUCUGGACCAGAAGGACCAGGAACUGGCCAGGCUGAAGGAACAGGCUGAAAUUUCCAGCAGGAUGCCAGGGGGCGCUCCUGCACGGCCAGACAGCAGGAACGCGGGUGUUCAGGCGGACACCCUGGAGAAGUUUGACCAGAAGGAGGAGGCGUACCAGCUGCAGAUCGAGGCCCUGCAGGAGCAGGUGUCCCGGCUGCAGGAGGACCUGUCUGACGUCAAGAGGGACCUGCAGAUGAAGGAGGAACUCCUACAGAUGCAGGAACAGGAGGUCCAGGAGCCUGAGCCUGACACCAGUGAACCCACGGAGGUUGUGACUACGCCUGGCGGGACCAAACGAGUGGUGGCUCCGAGGAAAACCGGGGGAGAGUCUCGCGUACAGGCGCCGAAGAAAACAAAUCCAGCAGCCGCGGCCAAGCAGAUGAUGUCACGGGUUAAAGCACAGUACGAAGCCGAGUUAAGGAAGCUCAAAUCUCAUAUCAAAAUGGAAAAAGCAAGGUUUGAUGCUGGUCUGCGGAAGAUUCGGCUGGAGCAGGGCAGGGACUUGGGAGAUGUGGAGAGGGAAAGCCGCCAUAUUGUCCACACCAUCAACAGGUUCAAGGAAGCCAUCGUCCAGAUCCUACAGAAGGAGGACCUGCCCGAGCAGGCCCUGGAGGUGAGACAGAUCUCGGACCUGACGCUGGGCCAGGCCGCCCAGAGGUCCACCCGGAGCCUCAUCACACAGCUGGCCAAGGACGCCGUGGAGAUGCUGGUCUCACUGGAGUUCAAGCUGGCCAAGGCGCUGAUGAAUAAGAGACUGAAGAUUAAGGAGGCAGCUACAGACAAGUCCCUGGUGACCAAGGACCUGGAGGCCCAGGCUGCACAUGCGCAGAAGCUGAAGCGGGAGGUGCUGACGCAGGAGGCCAGGGUGAAGUUCGCACGCGAUCAGCUAGAGGGCAUGGAGAAGGAGAUGGCCAUGUCCAAAAUGAGUCAGGCUGAGAAGUACCACACCCUGCUGGGGCGGUACCGGGACAUGGCCAGCGCACAGGAGUCGCUGAUGGAUCAGCUGCAGAAGAAACAGCAGCUGUUUGAGGAGGAGCUGAAGAUGAAGGACAGCAGGAUCCAGCUGCUCACCGACGUGAGGCAGGAGCUAGAGAAACAGUUGGAACAGCAGAAACAUAUCAACAAAGAGAUGAAGGCUCGUGUUUGGUUCAAUAAAGACAAGGCAGAGGAGCUCCUAUUCCGUAACAUACACCAGCAGAGUGCCGCUCUGAGAGAGGUGGAGAAACUCUUCACUGAUCACGCUGUGGCAGAGGAGAUACGUUUCCUGAUGGUGGAUGUGAUGAGGAUGACACGACGGAUUCCAGAGCUCCGCCUGAAGCAUUUGUGUGAAAGGUACAUCUCCUACUGUAGGUUCCAGGAGGAGAAGGCCCGUCUGAAACGCCAGGCUGCUGCCGCCACGAGCGAGCUGAGAAAGGACGUGUCCGCGUUCCUGGCCGGGAUGGAGGAGAGGCUGCAGACCAGCCGCGGCCGCUGGCUGAUCAAGAAGGCAGAACUGGAGGGCGAGCGCCAGGCGCUGUUUAACCAGAUGGUUGGGCUAUACCAGGACGUGGCCUGGGCGGUGUGGCUGACCGGGGGACAGCGUACCGGAGCGUACACGCCGCUGCUGCCCAUCAGGAUGCUCCGCUCCAGCACCCCGGGCGGGACCAGGCGUCGACGAGAAGAGGGAGUCUUCCUCCAGCCAAUGGGUGACGACGACGUCCUGAUUGGUCGGAACAUGGUCAUCGCCAGUCUGGAGGACGACCAAUACUGGAAAACGUCGUCUGUGGGCGCCCCGGGGAUGGCUGCCAUGGUAACCACGCCCGCCAUGUUGUCCAUGGAUAUCAACCAGAGUAGAGACGGUGCCAAGAAAACCUUCCGUCACCACUUUCCAACGAAAGCCAAAGAGGACGGAGACACUCCCAGUGGUUUGUCCAUCGCAGAAGGCAGACUGUCGCGGUUCCGUGCUACAGGACCUUCAAGUCAACACUCCCAACUGAAGAGGCACGCCGUGCUGCCUCCUGUGGCCACACUGUACCCGUCAUCAUCACCAGACAUGCCUGAAUGGAUGGAGUACCCUCUGCCCUUCCACCAGCAGAGCAAGGUUUAGCACCUUCUUAGUAAUCACUCCAAACACCACAGAUGACUACACAGUUUGUUGACUGUUUUAUUGGCUAGCUUGUU